CCCCCCCCCCCCAAGAAGGAAGUUGGCACCACGAAACGCCGCCGAGCAUGGCAGCAAUAGGGAGGGAGUCGCGCUUGAUGCCGACUGUGAAAUGCUCGACUUGUGGUGCGCAGGUGCAGAUCGCCCUGAUGGGCGAGCACGUUUGCACUACAUCCGCAUCACCAGCUGCAGAAGCCUCGCCGCCUUUGCCGGCUGCUUCACUCUUCGGGAGGUUGAUGCCAACUUUUAGCAACCCGCUGACACAGAAGCAACAACCGCGAGCGCCUCCCCAGGUGGACACCUCCGCAGCCAAUCGUGCGUACAUGGGUCAAACCCAACUGACGCCCGUCAGCCUCUCGAGCGGGUCCCAGAGCGCAGUAUCACCCCAGACGCCAAGCGCCCUACGGCCUGGUCUCGGCAAAGCGGACGAAUACUUCGGCCCCAAGAUUGCCAGCAAUUCUCCACCUCCGCCGCAGUCAACAAGACCGGGAGGAUAUGGGGGACUGGACGGGAGCAGCGGAGACGAUGACUCGGCCCUUCCCGCCAACGCUCCAAAGAAGCAAGCACCCAACUUGAUGGAAAGGUUGAACUCAAUUCCUGCUGGUCCCUUUGGCACAGGUCGCCGGCCUUCCGCUGCCGGGCCGGAGCGUCCUGGCACUUCGGCAGGCAGUCCCAGCAGUAAGCUGGGCAGCGGAACGGGACCGAACGGCCCGAGGCAGAACGGAGACGGCGGUCUCGGUCCGUCACCGAGGCCGCUGGGCGGGGCUGACGAGCAGCCUUUGUCACCGAACCGGUCCGAUACGUUCCCCCGACCCAGCGAUCGUUUCGCCCCACCGACCCGCUCGCCUUCUGCUCCCCCAUCGGCCGACAACAUGCGCCCCGACCGGUUGCGAUCCCCGUUGGACGCACCCGGGGACCGAGACGGUCGGGCGCCGAUGACGAGCGAGAACACCCGGAGACCCGGUGGAGGCCCGGGCACCUCUGGGCCGCCGCCGCCUCGGACUGGCGUGGGAAGGCCGAAGACCCCCGUCGUCCCAACGAUCAAUCUUGCCGAGGAGUUCGGGGUUGGGAAUCCAUACCAUACGCCUUCUGGGUCGACUUCAUCCGACAACUCGGAGAACAGCAGCCGACAGGAACGUCGGCCAAGCCAGGCGAGCCAGGCGAGCCAGGCAAGCUCGCGGACAAGCCCACCCAGAUCCUUGUCGUCGAGAUCGGGGAGAAAGCCUUCGGACACGACAAGCUUUGACAAUUUGAUGUCUGAUCUCCAGUCCUCCAUGGACGAAAUGAAGCCAAAGCCGCGGCCGGUACCGCCGCUGAAGCUCCCACCACGGGGUCCUUUCGCGAACGAUCGUCCUUCACCGCUGAGCGCCCGGCCUCCGCGUUCGGGCGAACGAGGCUAUGAUCCGCGCAUCGACCCAGCCGUCCAGAACCCACGCUACGCUCGGGGACGAGCUGCUCCGCCAUCCCCAUCGGUAAACCGCCCGCCCCAGGAGGGCCUCACAGUCCAGACGCCGAGCGACGUCCUUUCACCUAGCACAGCAGGACUCUCGUCUCCGCGGUGGACCAGCUCGCCCGAGCGGAUCCCGGACGCGCAACAACGUUCUCCACCGCAGGAGCAGAGACAACCGCGGGAGAGGUCCCGAUCUCGGCCCCGCGACGCUACGUCGCAGCCUUCGCGCGGAAACUGUAAGGCAUGUGGCCUGCCCAUCAAGGGCAAGUCCAUUUCCAGCGCCGACGGACGCCUCACCGGCCGUUACCACAAGCCCUGCUUCGUCUGCCAUACCUGCCAAGAGCCGUUUUCGUCGGCGACUUUUUACGUCUUGGACGACAAGCCGUACUGCGAGCUGCACUACCACAAGCUGAACGGCAGUCUCUGCGGCAGCUGCGGCAGGGGCAUCGAGGGGCAGUACUUGGAGGACGAAUCGGCGGUGAAGCAUCACGUGGGCUGCUUCAAGUGCGGUGAGUGCGGAAUGGCGCUGCGGGACGGGUACUUUGAGGUCAACGGAAAGGCGUACUGCGAGAAAGACGCUUGGCGGCUGGUGCAGCAACCUUGGAUGGCCGGCGGCGGUGGCGGCAGCAGUCUUCGUCCGCCACAUCCGGGCCUGCCUGGCGGACCGCGGGGUGCACCUGGUGGCGGGUAUCACCCGAGUCGGCUUGGGCCACCGGGGCCUCGUCCGCGCAUGGAGAAACGGAUGACGAGGUUGGGGAUGAUGUGAGGUGGUCGGUGGUGCCGACGAACACAACGAUCGAUCGACCUACCUACCUGUGCGACGAUUGCAGCCGCGUUGAAGCGACAGGCACGGCCGCGCAAACAAAAAAAGGCUUUGGACGACGUUGCCGCGUCUCUGCGAAACUGGACGGGCUUGAUGCUC